UCUAGUUUUCUUUUCUUAUUGGCUCACUGACUUUGAUUAAGGGCAGGCUUUAGUGAUUUUUGUGUAAUCACUCUCUGUCUAUUGUAUAUGUCGGACGUUUGCUCGUCAAGUAGAAAUUGUUGAUGUUAUUAAAAGAUUUAAAAUUUAGUUUCAAUUAUUUGAAAACGUGUCUUCAACAACAGAAUUUAGAUCAUCACAAAUUUAAACAUAGACGAUUCCAGUCCCCCCAAUUUUGGAAACAGGAAGACUUACUUGCAGAAAAUGGAUAAUAACUCAUUUGAGUUGGAGAAUGGAGAUUCUAAUGACCUUGGACAUUUUAGUUCCAGUUGGAAUCAGAUUCUUAUGACUGAUGAACAGGCUCUUGAUGAACAGACAUUCAAUUUAAUGUUGACUGAGGAGAUAUCAAAUACAUCUGUUAGUACUUUUGAGAAUUUGUUGGCUAAUGGACAAGAACUUAUACCUGUUCAGCCUUCCCAAGAGCUAUUAAAUAUCAUUAAGGAUGAAGUUGUAGAAAUUGAUCCUGUAACAUCAACUAAUAUAUCAAAACCAGCUUCGCUGCCUGCCAGCCAAAACUGGCCUGGUGAAUAUGGUUUCAAUGUUGGAUUUAAUUUCCAAGAAAAGAAAACAAAAGGUGUCACUUGGACAUACAAUGCAGAGAAAAAUAAAUUAUAUGUUGGAAAGGAAGCCCCAUGCCCUAUAAACUUCUCUACAGUGUAUGUCAUGCCAGAAGGUGUCCAGAUUAGAGCCACGGCUUUGUACAGCUCACCAGAGUCUGCUUCAGAAGUUGUUGAACGAUGCAUGAAUCAUAUUCAGGAAGAUGUAGUAAAGGAUAUUCCAGAGGCUGAACACCUUGUUAGAUGUGAAAGUCCUAUGGCCAUUUAUGAAGUAGACCCAACUACUAAGAGAUACAGUGUUAUCAUACCAUACGAUAAUCCUCCACCUGGUCAAAAUUUUUCUACUUACAUCUAUAAGUUUGCGUGUUUUGGAUCUUGUCCUGGCCCAAAUCGAAGACCUUUGAUGCUUGUCUUUUCACUUGAAAAAGACAAUCAGUGCAUUGGCAGGCAAAAGAUAGAUGUAAAAAUCUGUGCCUGCCCUGGCCGUGACAGCAAGACCGAAGAAGAACAAUCGGGUCCAUCCAAAAAAAGAAAGAAGGGGACAGUUGAACCAGGUUCAAGUCAUCAGUCGAAGAAGUCAAGAGCUAUGCCUGAUGAAGAUGGGCAUUACAAAUUACUGGUGAAAGACAGGAAGUGUUUUGAGUUCCUGGAACAAAUGAUGAAAUACUACAACAUAAUGAAAACUAUUAAAAACAUGCCCCCAGAUGUAAAAAGGCUGAUAGACCAAUAUCAGCAGCGUAAAGGAUAUCGUAUUCCAGAAGAUAUUAAUCUGAGCUGAAUGAAAUCUUGUGUCAUAUUUUACGUGCAUUUGUAUUGGUUGUGGAGUUACAUUUUUUUACUUUUGUAUUAUGCCUUUUCUCAAUUUGAUUUUUUUUUAUUGUCUAUGCAAUUUGAAUUAAAUAACUUGAAAAAUGUUUUUUAUUGUUAAAAAAAAAACAAGCCAUGCAAUAGUUUAUCAUUGUUACGUAUACACUCCUCAUCAUAUAAUAUGAACAGAAAAUUAUACACUAAAUAUUUUUCAAAAGAUUUGAAUCAUAAAUUUUUUAUCUAAUUAGCUUUUACAUUUUAUACAAACAAAAACUUGAACUUGUAAAUCUUGUGUACAGUUUUUAAUGCUGUAAAAAUUAAUUUACUGUGUAUUGAUAAAUAUAUGUAUAUAUUUGGUGCAGGUAUGUAAGAAUGCAUCAAAACUCAGUCUCAAUUAAAAUUACCUGUAAAUGUGGGUCUAAAAACAGGAUUUAUUGUAAGUUUUUUGAACUGGUUCCCCAAAUAUUUAGUGUAAAUUAAGCUUAAAAAUUUGAAGUUCUGGAUUUAGCGUUUUCAACUAAAAAAUUUUUAAAAAAUAUUGAGUAUGAUGCCUUCAAGCAAAUUUUUACUUCACUCCUGAAUAUGUUUUCAAAUUCUGAAUCACUGAAGUUUAUUUUGUAUAAUGAUUGAUUUUAAGUGUUAUUAAAAUCAACUUUAAAAAUUACGACAAAAAAAAAAAUAUAAGCUCUGCAUAUUUCCUCUCAUUUUGCAUUUAUUGAUCAUUUGAUUGUAAUUGACUUCUGAGAUAAAUUUAUACCAUCUAUUUGUUAAAUUUAUAAUUUAUCGAUUAUUUACCAUUUCACACAUUUUAUUUAUAAUUAAUUCAUGUAUAAAUCGAUAAAUUAGCUUGCUUUUAUUCCACUGACCAUCAAUAUGAUGUAAUUAAAUUUUUUCAUGAAUAACUAGACAAUUUGUUUAUUUUUCUACUGUUACAUUAUUUGUUUUAUUCAGUUUAUACUUACAUUUUUCAUUUAUUGUGUCCAGUGAUUGUGCAUUUGUAUUUUAAUCUUGAUCAUUGUAAUAAAAUUGUUAAAACUGU